AUGACGACACAGUCUGGAUGCUACGAGUCCGUGACGGAUUUUUACGCCAACACGGAUGUCUUCCUGACCGGUGGGACGGGAUUCCUGGGGAAGGUGUUGAUCGAGAAGUUGCUGCGAUCGUGCCCAGACAUUGGACGUAUCUUCGUGCUAAUGCGCAACAAACGGGGCAAAUCGAUCGACACACGCGUAUCCGAACUCGUCAGUUGUCCGCUGUUCGAUCGGUUGCGGGAGGAAAACAAGAGUGCCUUGCACAAGGUGGUCCCCAUCUUCGGUGAUAUUACACAGUUGCGCCUGGGAAUGUACGAAGAGGACAUCCAGAGGUUGAGCAACGUGUCGGUCGCGUUCCAUUUGGCCGCUAGUGUCAGAUUCGACGACCCGCUAAGAGAUGCAAUCAAAACGAACAUCUGCUCAACGCAGGAGCUGUUCGAGAUUCUUAAAACCUCCACCAGCAAGAUGCGGGCCGUCGUGCACGUAUCUACCGCGUACAGCAAUCCGGAGAAUCGUCACGUUGAGGAAAAGCUCUACCCACCAAAGUAUGAUUGGAAAAAACUCGUCCAAGCCGUCGAUCGCUACGAACCGGAAACACUGGAUGCACUGAUGUCAAAACUUUCGCAAAACUCUCCAAACACGUACACAUACACCAAAGGGCUGGCGGAACAGGUGUGCAACGAUUACUGCAACGAGCUACCGUUGGCCAUCGUGCGUCCGUCGGUGGUGCUGUUCACCGUGCAGGAACCGAUGUGCGGAUGGGUGGACAACUUUAACGGGCCGACGGGUAUGCUGGUCAGUGCCGGGUUGGGCAUCACGCGGACGGCCUACCUUCAGCCGACAAAUCGCAUCAACAUCAUCCCGGUGGACGUGGUCGUGAAGACCAUCAUACUGGCCGCUUGGAAGCGGGGAACCAUCGAGCGUACGUGUGGUCCGAGCCAUCUGCCCAUCUACAACAGUGCCGUCACAUACGAGCAGUCGCUGGAGUAUCAGGAAAUGCUGGACCGCGGCAAGGAGUACAUUUAUGCGGUACCGUUCAGCCGUAUGCUGUGGGUGCCCCGUGGAUAUCCAACGGACUGGAAAGCAUUAUACUAUUUCAAGCUCAUUUUCACCAUGCUUUUACCUUCCUUUCUGCUGGAUCUCCUCAUCCGGAUGUUUGGACACAAACCAUUUUUAAUGCGAUUACAAUCCAGAAUUUAUAGUUCCGAAAUGUCGCUGCGUUACUUCGUCAGGCACGAGUGGGAAUUCGACACAAAGCAGACAAAUAAUUUAAUCGACUUACUGGACGAGAAGGAUCGGAGCACCUUCGGAUGGUACAUGCCAAGGAAUUUAACUGGCAAAUAUCUCGAGAACGCGUACCUCACCAUCAGACGCUACCUGAUGAAGGAUCCGGACGAGACGAUUCCCUACGCCAAACGAAAGCUGGCACGUAUGAUACUCGCCGAUCGUAUCAUUCAGCUUAUCGCUGGCUGCUUAACGCUGGUGGCCAUUUGUAGGGCAAUGUUUGCUGGAAGUUUGUAG